AUGUGUAAAUCACGAUUAGUGACUCUUGCUGUGAAUGUGUCCGGAUGUUGACGGUUAUCAGAGGAUUCGGAGCUGCUAACGUCAAAUAACUUCAGUUUCACCACGGACAGGCUGCGAUUCUCCUAAAACCAGAAUUGAAGUCCUAAGGAGCGCUUCGAGCGGAGCUCCAUUUCCAACUCCAUUCCCUCGACACACAUCUGGCCAGUAUGUCAAGUGAUCCCCCUCCUCCGUACCCCGGGGGUCCCAGCGCUCCGCUCAUUGAGGAGAAGAAUGGACAACCAGUUCCCAUAAGAACUGCUCCCAUACAGGGACAGCCAUUACCUCCAGACUAUGGUCCUCCACCCUAUGAGGGCCCAGGGCCAGGCUUCCUUCCCCCACACGUCCCAGGAGAAGGACCCAUGCCAAUGCCAAUGCCUCCACCUCCAGGUGGCCACUAUCCACCCCCGCCCGGUCACUUCCCCCACCCGAUGCCGGGACAGAUGGGUCCAGGUCCUAGUCACUUUGUCCACAUGGGAGGCCACACAGCGACUGUCCUGGCUCCUCCGGGAGCAGCCACCACUGUUACUGUACUGCAGGGGGAAAUGUUCCAGACCUCGCCGGUGCAGACUGUGUGUCCGCACUGCCAGCAGGCCAUCGUCACCCGCAUCUCCCACGAUGUUGGACUCAUGAACACACUCUUCUGCCUCUUCUGCUUCUUCGUGGGGUGUGAUCUCGGCUGCUGCUUGAUUCCCUGUCUGAUUGACGACCUCAAGGAUGUGACACACACCUGCCCUUACUGUAAGGGUUACAUCUACACAUACAAACGUAUAUGCUAACCACCGACAGCUGUAUGCGACAGAGACAUGCACAUGCACACAUACACAUUCACUCACAGCUCCUCCUGCUGGUAGUGACAGGCUUCUCCCUCCCAUUUUUGCAAAGUGUCGUGUAAGCCCUCUUAAAUUGUAAGUGCGGUUUUUCUCAUCAGUUUACCGAAUAUUUACUGUAUAUAUCUUUCAUCUUAAGUCUCUCAUGUAUAAAUAUGCAUUCGAAAUGUACAAAUCUCACCGAUCGGAUUAUUGUAGAGCACCGAAUCAUCCGCGGAGAUGGAUAGACAGCAGUGCACAGGUACGUCGGAUCUUUGGUUGGAUACUGUAAGAGACAAGCUUAAGAUAUCACACUUGUACAUGAAGAAAAAAAUAAUAGUCUCUGUAUAGAAGAGGAGCCUUGGUUAGAGAAAGCUGUGAAUAACGGUCACUUUAUUUAAAAUCAUCUGUGAAUCCUGCCGAGAAGGAAGCAUAUUCAACUGAAAAAUGCUGGGUUAGCUUUGUGUUCUUCUCUUAUUUAUUUAAUAUAUUUUAUCCACUGUUUUAACGAGUUAAUAUUUAGAACUGCAAAUAUUUUUUUUGUCUACGUUUGAUAAUUUGAUUCUAACAGACCUUGUUUUUCUCCUUUUAUUAUUAUUAUUACCCCUUAUGAAUGUUACCAAACUAACAAACCAUUUACAGAUCAAUGAAGUGAUGUAUCUGUCUUUGGGGGUGAUCAGGAUUGAUAUAACUUAAACAACGUAUAUUAAUCUUCUGGGCUUCAGUUAGUCACAUAACUUAGUGAUUUAUUGUUGACACAUUCAGAGCCCGCUGUCUGUGAUACUUUUAAUUUUAAUAAUUACGCCAAGAUUUGCACUUUAAGUUGGAGUUAAAGCCCCCCCCUUUGAUGCAUUCUUAAAACCAUCAACCUCAGCUGUCACUGGUGCUUUAGACAUGUUAGAUUUGAGGGAAAACAAAACAACUUCAUGAGUACAAGCAGCUACUACUUUUGGUUUCUACUUAUGUUUGUUGUCAGCCAAUCGAAUCCAGCCAUGUGCGCUCUUCUUCAGAGUAUAUCGGAGUCAAAGUGGAGCUUGUUGGCAGCGUGUUACUGGGGACACUUUGCAUGACAUCUCAGCUGUUAAGUGUCCUCUCUGUGUGUCAGACUGAUGCUCCACAUUAUAUUCUUACUAAUACUGUUGGCUGAUUGUUUGUUAGGUGCCGGAUGGUACGCAGGUGGCUAAUUAAAAAAAAAAAAAAAAAAAAACAGUGUGCAGAAAAGUGUCUGCAAACUACUAACAGUAGUGGCACCAUCAUCACAUCUCACUGUUUGGCCUUUAAUCCUCCUAAUAUGACAUCAGCCCUUAAAGAGUACCUGCAUUGCUCAGAUGCAUGUUAGAUUACUGAAAAAAAAAGUAUUUGAACUAAAUAGAGACCUCUCCGCUAGGAAUAAGCUUCAGAUCAAUGAUUGUAUCACACAUCUUGCAAAAUAACAUAGUGAUUCUACUGAGAUUACUACUAACAAUGAAUCGAGCAUUGUUCCAGCACAGCAUGCCGAAACUGCCAUUCACAUUCACUCAACCAGUGCAGCGUUAGUCUGCAUGGACCACACAGAGUAAAGAAUUCUCACAACAAGCAAGGUCCUUGACUGUAUGCGUUUUGAUUUUACUUUCAUUAAGGCUAGCUAAGCUGUGCAAGGAAGUCGAUUUUACGUUGAAGGAUUGCAUUGAACUUUUAAUACAAAGUACUGUAUGCCAUUGUUGUGGAUAAUGCUGGUAUGCAUUGCUCUAAAUGUCUGUGAUAUGUUUAACUAUGUAAGUCAGAAAUUUGUUUGACUGUUGUAUACAGUUACUAUUUUAUCAAUAAAAGUCAGAACAUGAUCUUUCAUCCAAA